AUGGUUGUUGUGUUACAGUCGAAACUGAACUGCGAGGUGCUGUACGACGAGUUGGCCUUCGAGGUGCGCUGGGCGGUGGCCGGAGACAGCAUUGUGCUCCAGCUGGUCGCGAAGCUUGAGGAUGGAGAAUACAUGUCUUUUGGAAUAUCGGGUAGUCCGAACCAUUCGCAAAUGGUCGGCGGUGACGUGGCCGUGGCGUGGGUGAACAAAACAACCCUCAAGGGCUACUCCGUGGACUACUAUCUGGACGCGAAGAGUCAGUGUGCUGGAGUCCACGGCUCCUGCCCCGAUGAGAGGCUCGCUGAAAACACAAACUCAAUCCGUCUGCUGAACGCAGCCCUCGUGAACGGUUACUCCAUCGUGACGUACCAGCGCGCGCUCAAGGCCGCUGACAAGUUGGACCUUCCCAUCUUCACUAACGCCAGCCAGCCCAUCAUCUGGGCUAUCGGCCCACUAAACUCCCUAGACGAAGUGUCUUAUCACCAUCACUAUACCAAGGGUGACAAGUUCAUCGAGUUUGGUCGACCUCCGGUCUGGAACUGCCCCAUGCCCGAGGGCGAAGAUGAGCACGAAGUGGCAACGGAUAAGACGGAGCCUCCACCGACACGAGCCCCUCACAGGGGACAUCAGACUGCAGUAAUCAAACCGAAUCCCGUUCCAACUCCAAAGCCGGUUGCAAAAGUCACCCCAUGGGAAAUUCCCGGUAUCCAAUGCUAUGAACCACCAGAUGGAGUCUUCUACGCCCAAAUGGGGCCAACUGGAGGCAAACAGGGUUAUUCGGCCAUAACUGGUCACGUCGGCUGGGGUAUCUCUUGGUUCAUCAAUGGGCUGCUCAUUCCCGAGAUCACGGUGGUGCGCGGCAAAAAGUAUACGUUCGUGGUGGAGGGGGGAAGCGACCCCGACGUGCCGGCUCGCUACCACCCCUUCUACAUCACCAAUGAUCCUGUAGGAGGCUACUUCCACAAGUCCAAUGAAGAGAAAGAGAGGGUCGAAGUGUAUGCGGGUGUACGUCGCGCUCGCAACGGCGAGCUGAUCCCCACGGGCGUGGGCCGCCUUUGCAACUGGACUCCCGACAGUUCCGGGCCAGAGGCCGACGAGUACCCAAGCUUUGGGGCCUAUCAGCGCUCGCUCACACUCGUCUGCGAGGAGGGCAACCCAGGUGUAGUCACCUGGACCCCGGAUCGGAAUACCCCGGACACAGUUUAUUAUCAAUGUUUCACACAUCGAUAUCUCGGUUGGAAGAUAAACGUUGUAGAUGAAUGUGAUGCUACAGAGGCAGAAGAGAGCAGAGUAAUCCAAACAGUUGCUUUGCCAGGAGAUUUAUUUAGCGAGGAGUCUAUUCAG